GUCAAUUUAUUUACAGUAGAAAGUAAAAGGCGAUGGGUGUGUGCUUUGUGUUUAGUAUGUUUAGUUAAGGCAAAAUAAAAAAUAUUUCGUAGUGUAAAUAAUAUCCAUACCUAUUAUGGAACAUUAGCUAAUGUGUAGAAGUAUUCAUUAAUAAAUUGUAAAUAUUUUUACAAAAUAUUGUUUCCAUAAACGAAGGUUGUUAUGUAUUGUAUCUUUAUGCAAAACUAAUUACACUAUGAUAAAACAUUAAGUGCUAUAAGUGAUCCGUUAGAGCCGUAAUGAAAACAUUAAAUCUCUGAACGCCUGACGAAAAUAUCAACAAUGGCUAUUCUGGGAAACCCCAUAGCGCGUAAACAUGAUCAGAGUCUGUGAGCGCGUUCGAGAUUCAAACAUUCGCGAUGGCUUCGCCAUGCCAGAAGGGCGGGAUGCGGCUGAGCGAGGCUCUCGACAACAUGCAGCUAGCUUACAACCCCAUCACUAAGCAGCUGCAUUUCGUGAGCCCUAAAGUGGAGAAACCUUCGGAAGACACUUCAGACGACCUUGACAAGUUGUCUAAGAAGAGUAGUUUCAGUGAUGAAGGUAACUUCUCGAUAUCAACAUGUGAGAAAAGUGACACCAGUGAUUCUCCAAAAAGUACUUUGAACUGGGGAGGGAGUGUGAGUGGUCAUAAGAGAGGCAAAGAUGGAGGGUCAUUUUCGAGCACAGUGUCAAGUCUUUCUGAGUGUUCUUUGGGAUCUAGUGCUUCUAAGGAGGAUAUUGGUGAAGUGACAUCAGACCAGGAGCAGGCGAAGCUGAAGAAGAAAGGAUUGUCUGGAUUUUUCAGCCGAGGCGUAUUCCCAUGGAAGAGCAGCUCAUCCUCCAAAACCAGUACCUCCCCAACAUCUACCCCAAGCUGGCGUCUCUUCGGCAGCCGCUCCAGCGGUAACCUGCAGCGGGAGCCAGCACCAGCGCCGCCCGCGCCCGCCACCCCGCACCAUCAUCGCCGGCAGGGGAGCUCGGCCAGCGACAAGCAGUUUGAGGACCUCGUGGCUAGCUCUAUAGCCCUUAUACAGCAUGACAGGCCGUCAAACCUGCCAGCGAAGACAACAGAAGAGGCGCUCAGGCAUAAGGCGGAGCACGCGCGGAUACUGGAAGCGGCGCGGCGGCGCGUCGAGCGUGAGUCGGCGGCCAGGCUCGCGCGGCUGCAAGAGUCGCUGCGGCAGGAGGAGCGGCUAGCGCGGCAUGCGCGCGAGUGGCAGGCCAUCCUGCCCGACUGGCCCGCGCAAAAAAACGCAAAGCGCACCCAAGAACUGUGGUGGAGCGGUCUCCCCCCCUCCAUCCGAGGCAAGGUCUGGCAGCUCGCCAUCGAGAAUAAACUACAAAUCACCCACCACCACUACCGCGAGUUCGUCGAGAAGGCCAAACAACGGCUACACGAAGCACAACUAAGGAGAAAACGGUUGAAGAUCCACAGAGAAUCAGAGAAAAAGACUGAAGAUAAGGACCGCUUAGGUCUACCAAGGAAUUUUAGCGAGCAGAAUUUAAAAUGUCACAGUGAUACGACUCCUAAGUGCUGUUCGAAAUCCAAUCCAGACCUGAUAGAGAGGAGUGAUGAGUGUUCCAUGGAGUUGAUAGAGCUGGAUAUAGCGCGGACGUUUCCACAGUUGUGUAUAUUUCAACCGGGUGGGCCGUAUUUUACGGUGCUCCAUGAGCUGCUGGCGGCUUAUGUGUGCUAUCGUCCCGACGUUGGUUAUGUACAGGGUAUGUCAUUUAUCGCGGCUGUGCUGAUCUUAAAUAUGGAAGCGCCGUGUGCGUUCGUUUGCUUCGCUAAUCUGCUGGAGCAACCAGUGCUCCGGGCAGCUUUUACCCGCGACGGCAACACUAUGCAGCGCUUCUGGCGUGCGUACACCCGGCUCCUCAGGCACAACCUGCCGUCGCUGGCGGACACGCUGGCGCCGGAGCUGUACCUGCUGGAGUGGCUGUACACGGCGUUCGCCAAGGCCAUGCCGCUCGACGCCGCCUGCCGCGUGUGGGACGUGUUCCAUCGCGACGGCGGCGCCUUCCUCUUCAACACGGCGCUAGGAAUCCUCCACUUAUACCAAGACGAGCUCCGAGACAUGGACUUCAUCUCGGCCGCCCAGUUCCUCACGAAGCUCCCCGAUGACCUUGACUCGGAAGCCUUGUUCCGCAGCAUCAGCUCCGUCAGUAUGACGCUGGACGGCAUGACCUUUGAGGAGCUGGUGUUGAGCGAGGAGUGUGAAGAUGAUGACGUCAGGUUAUGAUGACGGGUCGCUGAGCUGUUUGAGGCGUUUGUGGCUAAGGUCGGUUUAUAGUGACCUUAUCGUCUCUUUCUGCGGAGUAAUUCUUUUGAAACUGGCCACUAAAGUAUAUUGCUAUGGAAAUUAAGUUUUUUCAAGAAAUUAUCUCUAAGAAGGCGGGAUAAGUCUGUUGUGAAGUUGUGACGUCGUUCAAGGUCAUAUUACCACUCGAGACUAAGGUCGGUUUAUAACCUUAUAAUCUGCUAUUAUCAUAUUCGUCGGUAGCAAUUCGAGCUAAUACCAUCCAUGAAAGUCAGAGUUAUGGAUUGUAAUAUUGAGGUGAAAAAAGCCCCGUAGUUUGAUAGCCGAAACAGAUGGCGCUGCACAGUGCCAUAUGUUUUAUGGUCACCGAAUUGUCAAACGUCAACUUAUGAUGGUAACCCGCUAAUGUACGGAGACAUACAGCUUGGCAAAAAAGAGUAGAAAUUAAAAAGUGGCAGCACUGUAGUGUCGGCCCUUUCAAACCAAUCUAUAUAGGAAAACGGGACGACAUUACAGUGUUGCCACUUUUUAAUUUCUUCUCUUUUUUGCCAUGUUGUAGCGCCUUCUCGUUUAGCUAUCAAAUUCGAACAAAUAUAUUUUUUUACGCGUGGAGUUAGUGUUCAUAGGCGUGGUGGGGCAAAUCGAUACAUAUAGGCCAAUAUGAGUGUUAGUCAUUCGAUAUCUUACCGAUAUGAUACAUCUGUCAGUGUUAUGUGACGUUUUUGGUUGAAUAAAUGUCACUUUUGAUAAUGACAGUUCAGUAUAAUAUCGGUAACAGAUCAAAUAACUAAAACUCGAAUUGAUCUAUUACAAGACAAUUAUUAUAACACUCGUUCGUCAAAAGGUGACAAUGAAUAAUGUAUGAACAUUGUUGUGUUUAUGUGUCUAAAAAUAUUAGAUAUAUUCCUAACUUAUGAUACUCUAAAGAGUAAUAAUGCUUCGAAUCUCAGAAUUUACUAUGAAAUUAUUCCCAAAAUUAUAGAUCAGAUAGAAAGAUUUUUAUGCCCAUCCUUGAUGUGCUGAAAUUGUUUACUUAUAAAUUUUAUUUCAGUUUUGUAAAUAUAAUUAUUUAUAACUAUUUUGUAUUAGUCAUAAGUAUCACCUGUUUUAUAACGGCCGACCAUACAUUAUACCUAAACUAUUUCUGUUGAUUUCUAAGAAACAAUCAUUGAAUUAUUAAAAUUAAUUGUGACGUUAUCAAGCAAAAUAUACCUUAGAUGGAUAUCGAUAAAGGCAAUUUCUGAUUGAAUCAUAACAGAAACCUUUUCAGAGAGACACAAAAUUAGGGUUUUUUUUAUAUAAUUGCAUACGCAUGUUUUGGAGUUCUGAUUUAGACUCAUUUCUUUUUUUUGUUAUAAGUAACAUAUAAUAAACAAAUGAUAAACUAUUUCUACCGCCGUUGCACUGUAAAUAUGAUGUAAAUAAAUCACUUGUUACUUUAGUACUAUUUACACAAACUAAGCCUUAAUCAUGAGCGUAAAUAUAAAAAUAUAUGAAACAUAUCAUAUUCUCUAGAAAAUACGAGAACGAUAAUCAUUCAUGUACCUGCCGAUAAGUAUAUGUGUAUAGAAAAUAAGAUUAUAGUUGUUCGUGUAACCGACACUGCGUACGAAAAGGUGGUUAUGUAACUUAUGUAUAGUAUAGUAUAUUCCACAUAGAAUCUUGCUAGCAACUUUUCCACAGUACCCUCAAAAAUUUUCUUCUGGACGGUACAGUCAAGUCCCUUUAUUCAUAAAACUACGGGCCUGAUUUAACCCUUAAAUGCAUAGUGUUGCCAAAUGUCUACAAAGCAUUAGACAGCUCACAGAUUUAAAAAAAAAGGCUUCUGUUCUUGAACGCACCUUUAUACCAAACGUCAAGUAGUAGAGUGAUGAUUUAAGGGUUAAAUUUAUGCAAUAUUUUUAAUUUAUAAAAAUUACAUUCGUUUUAAGACGAAAAGUCGGAAAGCUUGGAAAAAUCCAGAAGUUGAUAAUUUUUAGUAUGUGAUUUUGAACGGUGUUUUCGGGGUUUGUAAUUAUUUUAUAUUUAAAAACUUUAUCAUAGUUAUAUCACAAAUAGUGUACCUUUCUAAUCGUAGUAAAGAAAAAAUCAUAUAUCUAUUACUGAAAAUUACAUAUUUACAUAAAUAUGAUUUAGCCAAUUCACCUUCUAACAUUGAUUUCGCAGUGAAAAUCGAAGUUAUAUUUUUUUUUUACUAUUAUUCCCAGAAUCGGCAGACAAUUAUGUGAUACAUAUAUUAAUUUCGGGCAAAAAGAGUAAAUCAUGCAUUUAAGGUUAAUUAAAAUUAACGUUUUAUCCCUUUCUUACAAAAACAUAAAUUAAAAUGACAGAUAAAGACAAGCGAUUAAUAGUUAAUUCAGGCCAGUAACGCGGUUGUGAAGAACGUCAAAAUAAUUUAAUUUCUGGCCCAUUUCGUACUUUGUCACAGUGACAAUCAAUAUGAAAGUCGCUAGAGACCUCAUACUAUUGUUGAUGUGACUAAGUCCAAAAUGGGUAGGAAAUUGAAUUCUUUGACUGUACAGUCGACGUCAAAGAGAAAUUUACAGCCAAAGUAACAAAAAAAUGUUUACACGACCUAAAUGCUAUGACAAUAAAGUCGUGUAAAUAAUUUUUUGUAACGUUAGUCGUAAAGAUCUCUUUGACGUCGACUGUACAUCUCUCAGAAAGCGCUAAAUAAAAUUACAUUUUGCGUUUCCUUUAUUCGUCGUAAUUUACUUGUAACUUUUUUCGUUCAAAAGUUCACAUAUUGUAAUGGCGCAGUCACACAGGCAACUGACGUAUUCAUGUGGCGAACGAUCCAGUGCGAUUGCGUAAUUUUAACAUAGAGUGAUUUUGGGUUCCUAUAGGACCCUAACUACUCUUAAACUUGUAUUUAAUCGAAGCUAGUAUCUAUAUUUCCUGUAAAUAUAUGCGAUACGUCAAUUAUUGUAUUAACUAUAUAACUAUUAUUGUACGUAAACGGACAUCGAGUAGUAGGACCGGCCUAAUGAUUAGUAGAACUUCGAAUCUUUCGAAAUGCUCUCGAAGCUACGUAUUUAUUUAUUAUGUAUAUAAUUAUUCUAUAUCGUAGUAAUUCAUAUUCAUCGAUAAAGGUGUGAAUGUGGGUAAUUGUGAAGUAUUUUAGUAAAAAUUACUGCUGAAAACUUUUUCUUAGCGCUAGAAACCUAAAUGCAAAGAAAAUUACAAAUACGGCCACAAAAUACGCUCCCGGCGAAUUCGCGUUUGGCGCUAUAACUUAGUGAAACUUUCUUUACAUUAUGAAUACCAAAAAAAUUCGUGACUUCGUGGCAUUCAUAAAGAAAGAUGAAUAUUUGUUUUUACGCUCUGAGCGUCAGUAUUCAGUUUGGUCAGAGCAUUUUUUGUGGCCGCCUGCUAAAGGAUUUGUUGGCGUUAAAAUAUAUAAAUUAUAAUUUGACAGUUUAGGUAUUGAAAUAAAGGUAUAUAUGUAUAAUAAACUAAGAGUCUGCCACUUAGCUGAUACGAAUUAGCUGAAUAGUCACGUGGUUAAUUUUCUUUUUUUAAAUGGACGGGCAAAUCAGUGGUAAAUUUUAUUGUAUACUUUUUUAUAAUCAUAGUCACAUAAGUUCAGCUUUAACUCGUUUCUAGUGUUAUUUCUUGCCACCACUGUGUAACAUUAUAUAGACACCUAAUGUUUGGCUCAAAACGUAAACUAUUUUGGCUAACCUAUCUGUCAAUGUUUUGAAUUCAUGUUUUAAUUGGGUAUGAACCAGAAUUCUGGAUGCUAGAAAGAUUCCAUCUUCAACAUUUUAGUCGAAAACAAAAAUAACUCUAUUCAAUAUGUUAAAACGGGACACUAAUUAGCUGACUGACACUAAACUGCAUUUUUUGUAAGUCCGAAAAUCUUAGAUUUAUAAAAAAAGCCUACGGCAUUAGAAAUUCAAAACAAUAAUUACAAACUUUUUUAAAUAUUUUAUUCUGCUGAACAGCUAAAAUAAUUAUUAAAUUCAUGCUCAUCAAUAUUUUGGAGAAAUCGUUGUAAUUGUACAGUCGCCAUCAGAUAUAUCGGAGCGGCCAAGGUGCUCACAAAAACCUGAACACGCCUCUAUUGUCAAGGCGUUAGAGUGCGUGUUCAGAUAUUGUGAACACCUUGGCCGCUCCGAUAUAUCUGAUGGCGACUGUACUGGUAAAACCUAUUAAUUUAUCCAACAUAGUGGUUAUAAAUAUUUUAGCAACUUAGCUUAUAAGAUAAGUUAUGCGCGCUGUACAAAAUGUGCAGAUUUUUUUAUAUUUCAUUGACGUGUAUACUGUCAACUCUAAUCUAAGGGAAUAAAGUCGAAAUUCGAUGAACGCAGCUCUUGGAUAUUUAUACACUUGUGAUGUGGACUGAUAUUAUAUUGUAUGUAAUGUAUUGUAUAUGAAAGCCAUCUCAAGUAACUUUAGUUAGUCUUACUUCGUUGUAAAUAUAUUUUAAACAAAAUAGAUUUGGCCCCAAAUGAGUGCGGUUUGUAAUGCGUGUAUUUUUAUUGUAAAAUAAAUUACAUAUGCGAAUUGAUAA